CGAGGUCUGACGUCAGCAGAGCAGCGCUUCUGCCAGGGUCCUUACCACAUUGGCUCAGGCUUCCGGAAGGGGUGGGGCUUAAACCAGCCGCAGUGAACGGAGGUGAUGUCUUUUACGGACUAUGCGAAAAAUGCAAAAAGCUGGUGCUAGGGCUAAGGCCCAAGGUUCCCACGGAGCCGUGCAGAGCGGGAGCAUGGCAGGCGACCAGCAGAAGGGUGAGGGCCUGGGGUUGGCGGGAGCGCACCGCAUUCCGCUGCAGGAACGGAAAGCCACAGAGCGCCGCAGUUCAAAGGCGGCAGACACAUCUGACAUGUCAUUUGAGGAGCUGUUGGAGUUGCAGAGCCGAGGGGGACCCAAGGCGUGCAAACAGUUGGCUGGAAGGAGUGCUCCAAAGCAAAGCCCCAGACAACCUGUGUGUGUUGCCGAUAAGCACCGGCCCCUGGAAAUGUCAGCCAAAGUCCGAGUGCCAUUCUUACGUCAGGUUGUUCCUAUCAGUAAAAAGGUAGCCCGGGACCCCCGCUUUGAUGAUCUGUCAGGGGAAUAUAACCCCGAGAUAUUUGACAAGACUUACCAAUUCCUGAACGAUAUCCGAGCCAAGGAGAAAGUGCUUGUGAAAAAGCAGUUGAAGAAGCGCCGAUCAGGGGAGGAGCGUGAGAAGCUGCAGCAGCUGCUCCGACGAAUGGAACAGCAAGAGACGGCACAGCAGGAGCGGAAGCAGCAGCAGGAGCAGCGCCUGGCCUUGAAGCAGGAGCGGCGGGCUCUGGCGCAGCAGGGCCAUCGGCCCUACUUCCUGAAGAAAUCUGAGCAACGCCAGUUGGCCCUAGCUGAGAAGUUCAAGGAGCUGAAACGCAGCAAGAAGCUGGAGAGUUUCUUGAGCCGAAAGAGGCGCCGAAAUGCGGGCAAGGACAGGAAGCAUCUCCCUUUGAGCAAUUAGUACUAAGGAACUGUCCCAGGGAGACCUGGGUCGAUGGGACAAGUCUGGGGUUGCCCAGUUCUGGUUCUUCCCUGAUGAAAGGCAAGCCUCACACUCCCCCUGAACUAGGCUGCCUCAGGACUGGCGUGUUUUGCCCCUGGGUCUGCUAGGGCUGUCCAGCCAGAGAAGCCCAACCUUCUGUCAUGUCACAGUGCCUUCUCAGACUCGUUCAUCACGGUCUCAUGUGUUCCUUCCACUCUUUCCUUAUGACAUGGGGUACGUUUGUGGCUCCAGGGAAGGGACUUUACAGAAGAGCCACUUUGACAACAUGCUUGUUACUUAUUAUAUUGUUGUUAUUUUGA